UUCUACGCUUCGUAAAGUAAAUCAUAAAUUCCUAUUCAUUAGACUGUAUUUAAACAGCAAAUUUACACGAUGAACCAGCUAUUAAACGCAGACAAAUGAAUUGUUUAGAACAGAUUUAGUCCUUGGGCGGACACGUGUAAUGUCACGGACUAAAACACAAUUAAUAUUCUUCAUUUAAUCACUUUACGUCAACAAAAUUGAAAAAAAGAUUUAGAGCUGCUAUAUUGUAUAAUAUAUUAUCGCAUGGUUAUAUUAACAAAUACAUAAAUAAGUAAUAAAUAAAUAAAGGAUCUAUGAAAAUAGGCAAUAUAUGAAAAUGCAUUCAGAUGGUAGGAUUGAGAGAUAAUCCAAUUCAUAGUUGAUAUCAUAAUCAGAUACCGUAAUAAAUGUAAUAAAUAUGAGAAAAGUAAAUUAUUGUAUUGAUUUGCAAUUGACACUAGUUAUAGUCUAACGUAAAAUGUCUUCUUUGUAUUGUAUUAAAAUAAAAGCUUGCAUUAUCAGUUGGUUUUAUUUAAACCAAAUAAUUGCAGCAAACGAUUGUGUGUCAAAAACUUGCUCAAUAACCUGCUCGGGAGAUUAUAGUAAACUGUGGGCUGAGCAGAUAGAACAAAUUGCUACAGACAAUAACUGUGCCACAAUAAAUCUAGAAUUAUUAAACAGCAAAUUCAAUUCUAAAGUUCUACCAUCAGAUUGGUUAAAAACGGACUCAGAUGGCAAGACCCGCGAGGUUCUUAAAAUCCAAACCUUAAAAUUUACAGCUUGUAAUUUCGAGAGCAUAGAACCUGAUGCGCUUUCCAUCGCGGGCCUGGAAACACUACAUUUUAGUUAUGGUGCCAUUGAAUACUUUAAAAAAGAGUUCUUUAAUAGUUUACCAGCACUGUUAACAUUCAAUUUGGAUAAUUGCCGUGGUCCUUUCCUUGUGGAAGAAUGUUUAUUCGAAAAUGCUUCGAAAAUGGAGACUCUCUCAAUAGAAAACUGUGAAUUUGAAGGUGAAUUGAUCGGCAACAUCACGGGACAAAAUGGCAGUCCGACGCCAUUACAAAAUAUUGCCUUACGGUAUAACAGAAUACAUAGUUUACCUGAUUUAAUCUUCUCGAAGGCAAAAAAACUACGAAGUAUUUACCUGGAUCAGAAUGACUUGCAGACAAUAUCGAAAAAAGCGUUCUGGGUCGAAGGGAUACAAAAAAUAGAUUUAACUGGUAACUAUUUGACAACUUUGGAAAACGGAACAUUUGAUUACGUUCGGAAUACGCAAUGGGCCACAGGUACGCUUAUUAUAGACAAUAAUCCAUGGAAAUGCGAUUGUAACUUGAAGUGGUUACAAGAUUUGUAUUUUUCAAAUGAUGUAGUUAUUGAUCCGGUCCCAAAGUGUGAUGAUUUUCAAUCAUUUACUGAAGCAUCAUUUGAAUGUGAAACUGAAACAACUACAUCAUCAUCAAAUCCUACGUCGCUUACGACUAGUAGUACUGAAUUAACAACACAAACGAGUGACACGAGCGUUUCAACCAUUGAAUCUACAGCAUCUACACCACCAAAUCCAAAUGAAACCCUCAAAACUUUGGAAUGUAAAGAAGUUAAGAAAUAUUUGUCGCUUGACGAUUCAUCCAGAGAAUUUUUGCGAUCAGUCCAAAUUACAUUCGCAGCAGGAAAUAAUGAACUUGUCAAAGUUGAUAUCUACAGUUUAGACGACGAUCCACAGCUUGAAUUAGUAUUUACAGACAAAUUAACAGAUAUUAAUCUGGUAUACUUCGAGAUUUUCGAUUCUACCUCUCCGAUUUGCAUUGCAAAUAUAAAUAAAUCCGUGUAUCUAGACGAACUGCGCCGAAAUCACACAUACACGUUCUGUCUGCUUGCUAAAAAUGAACUGACCGUCCCGCCGAGCAAUUGUUUCGGCUUACAAAUACCACCUGACUGGGAAGACCGUUCGUGGAUCACAAACAAAAACAAAAUUCUGAUAAUCGGCAGCAUAACAGGUUCCUUAAUUCUAUGUGCAGCGAUUAGCGGCAUUAUUGCAUUUAUUGUAAUAAGAACGUAUCCGACUCUAAUCGACGGAAAUAAAGACGUCGUUAUUUUGAAACACAGUCCGAAAGUGCAACCCACGCAGGAAGCACCAAAUUUUGAACGUCCUGAAUACGCGGAACCGAUUCGCAAUCUCUACAACGGGCCAUCGCAGUCUGGUUAUCUGACUCCUGCUAGUAAUUACGAAAAGAUUAAUUAUUACACACGUCGAAUGAAUUCUACUUACGGCGGACAGAGUAAUAGUUAUAUUAGGCCUGGUUACAGUGGUGGAUGUGAUGGUACCCAUAUCGAUGAAGUUGAAAAACUUGAAAGUUUCAUCUUUUCUUCACCGCCACCCUUACCCAAACUAAAUCAAAUGCAAGAUAAAAUAUAUUACUAACUAAUCAAUCACGUACCAAGCUUUUAGUAUAUAAAAAUAUUAUUGGAAUGUGUAUUUUAAUUUUAUAUACAUAAAUUAUGACCUAUGCAUACUAUCGGUAUUCUUGUUUCUAUGUACAAAUAAUUAAAUUACGUAAUACACGAUAUUGAAUACUUCCACGCGUAAGUAUAAAAAAAUAACUUUAUAAAAAUGGAAGUAAAAUCAUAAUUAAUAAAUGUUUUGUAUAAAAUCUAAACAAUAUGUUAAAAAUCGAUAAUAAAAUUAUUGGAUUGUGAA